CUACAGGGACCUCCACACUAUUAAACCUAAAAAAUAUUAUUGGUCACAAAAAUAGUGUUUCCUUCUUCUCUCACUCUCUCCCAACACCACUGGUCUUGGACACUCUUUCUUCUUCGCUGUCCUUCUGCCAUCACAGACAUCUGACUUUAUCUCAGCUUGGAGAACUUUCAUUGCAUGCUCUUUCUUAUUUGUGAAUCAAACAACAAAAGCACCUCAGUUAGGACUGCUGAUUCUUCAUGGCUGAUUUUAUGACCUCUACUCAUAGAGUGAAGUGGAUUUUUACACCUCAACAGCUGGUUGAGAAAUAUAAAGCAGCUAAUCAGAGAGCCAAACAAAUUCUAGAGAAGUAUGGUGCAACUCUAAUGGAAGUAGAUGUUGAUGGAUCAUUGUCAUAUCCUGAAGCCCAGAUGACUGCAAAAGACAGUGGUGAGAAGCAUUCUCGGACAAAACCUCUUAGUAUUGAAGAAGAACAAUGCAUACGGGUAUUUUAUGAAAACAAGCUACAAGAAGUAUGUAACAACUUCCGCUUCCCUCAUAAGAUCCAGGCAACAGCCCUUAUCUAUUUUAAAAGAUUCUAUCUACAAUGGUCGGUGAUGGAACAUCAACCAAAACAUAUUAUGUUGACCUGCAUAUAUGCUGCUUGUAAGAUAGAAGAAAAUCAUGUGUCGGCUGAAGAGCUUGGUAAGGGGAUCUCACAGGAUCAUCAAAUGAUUCUCAAUAAUGAGAUGAUAGUUUAUCAGAGUUUGGAAUUUGAUCUAAUUGUGUAUGCACCAUAUCGCUCGGUUGAAGGUUUUAUAAUUGAUAUGGAGGAAUUUUGCAAUAGUGGUGAUGAUCAGCUUCAAAUGCUUAAGACUUUGCAAGAUACAGCAAGGUUGGAAGUUGAUAAAAUGAUGCUUACAGAUGCACCACUUUUAUUUCCUCCUGGGCAGUUGGCCUUGGCUGCUCUGGGUAACUCAAAUGCACUGCACAAUGUCAUUGACUUUGAUAGUUAUCUUGGGAGCAUUUUUCAAGGUCAGAAUUCCAUGCAUACAAUGGCCGAGCUUGCUGAAUCACUGCAUGCAAUUGACUCCUGUGUUAAAAAAUACAAAAUUCCUUCUGAGAAGGAAUUGAAGCAUAUCAACCGAAAACUGAAGUCUUGUUGGGGUCAUAGCUCUCAUGACGAGGGCAAGAAGCGGGAGAAGAAAUCAAAGCACAAGUCCAAAAGGAGCUCAAACGAGGCACAAAAUAUGGCAUCUCUUGCCUAGCAUUAUAAUAAUUUCAAAUGGGUGGGAAUUUUUAAGUUUCUUUUUGCGUUUGAAGGAUGCAAAGAACAUCUGAGGGCAAGGAGCCUUUUGAAAACACCUGCCUGCUUACCAGUGAGUCUAAUUUUGUUGCUUCACUGAAUGCCCCGCAAUUGACAUUUAUAUUUUGUCGUUGACAUUUUACUCGGAAACGAUAAACAAAUAUUUCUGUCGAAGUACACAUAUUUUCAUUUAUGCUAAAAGCUAUUAAUUAUGGUACCCUA